AUGUCUCCACUUCUGGGAAAGCUCCACGCGCAUUGUGCCGAGAUGAUCUAUUGGGCCUUUGGCCGUAAGCUCUACAGCCCCGCUAGCGCGGGCGGAUACGUCCUCCUGUUCGCUACAUGUAGAAAUUCUCAAUCAAAGUACGACGAAUUGGAAAAGUCGGAAAUCUCCCUCUCUGCGCAGCGAGAUGGGCUCGUCACAGUUUUCACUCUCUUCGUCUACUUGAUCUCGAUUCGAGUCCUCCAGAUGAAGAUUCAACUCGUGAAGGUGUCGAAGCUAUCGACUACUGCUGGGGUUGCAGCCCCAAACGAUGACAAGUAA